AAGCCUUUUCCGUUGUGCGCAUGCGCUGAGAAGACCGUGAGCAAACAUGGCGGCGGCCGAGGGCAGUUCUGUUUGGGAUACACCGCGAGUGUAUAAACAUCAUGAGCAACAGAAAGUCUGUCACACAAGACCAAAGUACAGGGAGGGAAGAAGACCAAAAGCUGUCAAGGUGUACACUAUUAACUUGGAGUCUCGGUUUCUCCUGGUGCAAGGAGUACCUGCUAUCGGUGUGAUGACCGAGCUGGUGCAGCUUUUUGCACUUUAUGGAGUGAUAGAGGAAUAUAGAGUUCUUGAUGAAUAUCCUGCUGAAGAAUUCACUGAGGUUUAUCUCAUGAAGUUCCAGAAACUUACAAGUGCGAGGGCUGCUAAGCGGAACACAGAUGAAAAAAGCUUCUAUGGAGGGAUACUUCAUGUGUGUUAUGCUCCUGAAUAUGAGACUGUAGAAGACAUAAGAAAGAAGCUGCAAGACAGGAGGAGCUACAUGAACAGAGCAUGUGUAAAAUCAGAAACAGAAUGUGAAAAGGAGCCCACAGGGUCCAAAAAACCUGCAGAGUCAUCAGAACCAGCAUCUACUCCAUGGAGAAAUGGAAACAGUGCUCAAACAGAGACUUCAAAUCCCAACACUUACUCAGGGUUUCCACUGUUGCCCUUACCGCCACAGGAAGAAGCCCCUCAGCAAUGUGUAUCUUCUAUAGGAUUUAAAUCGCACAGUCUACAAACAAGUGCACCUACAGAGGAUAAGAUGGGAUCUCUACAUCAUUUCAUCCCACCUUCCCCAGAACUUUCCAAACAGACCUCAAAUUGGCCAAACUCAGCAUCUGCUGGCACGGAAGAAAGAGACAGGACUAAAAAAUCCAAAAAUCCUCCAUCCGCUGCACCAAGGUUUAUACCGAGGACGGCACGUUUGGAAAACAGAAAGAGGAAAAUGGAGGACAGUAUGGACUUGUUGGGAAUGUCGGACAAAAAUGCUCCGUUGUUUGGACCCAAACUACCAGAACAACAGAGAAUGGACAUGGAAGAUGAUUCAUUAAACAUAACGGCCAACUUAAUCAGGCAAACAAUAGCAAAGGUCUCUUCAAUUCCCACAGAGACGAAGACCACCAGCACCACCACCACAAAGCCUCGGAGAAGAAUUUAAUCACAUUCUAACAAUUCCUAUGGAGUAACAUGUUGAACAGGAGCUGCAUUUGGUUUUAAAACCUUGUUGUGAAUUUGUUCAUUGAGUGAUUCAGGCCCUCAGUGUAUCCUGGAAUGCAUGUUGCUCAAAUGCCUGUAUGCUCUGUAAAACAAACAAAAAAGCAGCAUCUUAGUGAACAACCUUUUAUAUAUUAAUUAAAAAAAGAUGGCAGAC